CGCUUCACCUCUGCGGAGCUGUUCUCCGCCUCCAUCCCUGCCUCCCUCCACCACAGAGAGGAUGAGCCGCUCCGCGUCCGGGUCUCCUCCGCCGUGGAUCUGUCCCUCCUCCCUCUGAUUGCUCUCGGUCUGAUGUUUCUCCUCCGGGUAUCAUUCAGGAGAGGAUGCGUCUACUCGUUUUGGCGACUUUAUUUGGACUCUUUUUGGACACAGGCAAUGCCCUUCAGAUCCAGUGUUACCAGUGUGAGGAGAUGAAGCACAACGACUGCUCCACACCAGAAUACAUUGUCAACUGCACGGUCAACGUACAGGACAUGUGCCAGAAGGAGGUGCUGGUCAAAGCUGAUGGAAUACACUAUCGGAAGUCCUGCGCAUCCUCUGGGGCCUGCCUCAUCGCCUCCUCCGGUUAUCAGCAGUUCUGUACGGGCAGGUUGAACUCAGUGUGCAUCACCUGCUGCAACACGCCGCUCUGCAAUGGCCCCAAGAGGAAGCGGCCCGUUCCCUCGGUUGCGCCUUCCAACAGACACGCCCUGCUCUUCUUGAUGGCGCCGAUGCUUAUUCAUCUGACGUAGACGUUCCUACUGCAUCCUACAGGCCUUCCUGGGGCUCUAAGCAGCAACUGGUGAGCAGAUUCAGACUCCGCAUCACUGUUGAUCUAAUGGAUGCCGGGACCUCUCUGCAUCAGUUUUUCAGCCGUUCUACAGGACCAUUUCCCUCUGCAGCCACAUCGUUUCUUACUUUCUUUGCUUUUAGUGAAGUGGAGCGUUCUGUAAUCAGUGCCAGUAGAACUUCUGAUCAUUUUCAGGCUUUCCUUUGGUGAUAAUCCGGUUUAAAACAUCUGUGUUUAGCUUAUUUUGUGUUGGUAUUCUAGCUGUUAUAUCUCAGAAGGCAUUUUGAAGCAUAUUUAUCCACUGCCAGAUUUUAUUUCUUGUUUCAUAAUACAGUAGGAAGUAUAAAGGAAUCUCAGACAUAUAAUAGAAAGGAUUAUUUAAAAUAACAUAAAAUUGCUAUUUAGUGCAAAUUUAAAAUGAGUGAGAAAAAUCUUUUUUUUUUAAUCUAAGGAGAAAAUAUGCACUUUUAUUCUGACAUGCAUCCACUUAUUUACACAAAUGCCUUACAUUUCUGUUUCACUCUACUUUUAAAUCUGUUUAUGCUGACAAAUAAUGGAUUUUUCAACAGUUGGUGUUUUACCGUGCUUUAUUUUAAGUGGAGCAGGGACUGAGCGCCUGAUGGAUGUUCAUGGCUUUUUCUAAAGUCUUCUGUGAAGAGUAACGCUGUAUUCUGCUGAUAUGUGAUUUCAAUAAAUGUUGCAGAAAAAUCAGCUCUCACAUCAUGUUCGUGAAGACUCCUCAGCUCCUCCUUACGUGGCACCCUUUAUAUAUGCUGAGUCACUUCCUGACUGCCCUACAAGCUGUUACAAUUGGCAUCAACUUGAUAUUUAAUAUUUUAUUAUUUUAGUAAAUGAGUCAUAACUUGCCAUUUUACUCCUUCUAAAAUGGUCUUUAAAUUCCUGUUUUAUUAGAAAAAAAGCUCAUUUAUAGCUUUUUAUUUUCUCGCCAGGGUUUCACUUGUGUUUAGUCAUGUGGAUGUAGCUUUAGAGCAUUAGCAGUUUGCAGGGGUUAGUAUGGAGGACCAGAGGUGUCAGUAUAAAAAAACCCAAUGUCAGAUUAAAUCAUAUAUUUAGAAAUCCCAUUUGAAAAGUGUUUCAUAAUCGCACAUUUUAAAUUAAAUUAUAAAUGAGGACUUUUACGGUGUAUUUAUUAAUCCAUGAAAUAAAUACUGCAAUUUGACUAUUUUUCAAAUUCUAAAGGGAGAUUAAAAGGAAAAUAAUGAAACCUUUCCUCA